AGGUCAGCCUCUCUUUGACAGUACAGCAGCAGCAACUGCUGCUGCUGCAGCUUACAACACUCCUCAGUGGGGCAUAGUAGACCUUUCUGGACACCAGCAUCUCUUCAGCAGCCUGAAACGUGGGCAGGCUCCCCCAUCAGCUGCAGCCACGGUAACCCCUGACAGUCAGGCAGGCAAAGACGAUAAGAACUAUUUCCGCCGACUGAAAUAUUUCAUUGAUCGCCGCUUCCCAUGCGGUGUGUGCCAGAAGUCAUUCAAGCAGUCAUCCCAUCUUGUGCAACACAUGUUGGUGCACACAGGGGAGCGGCCGUACGAAUGCACCACCUGCGGUCGUACCUAUAACCAUAUCUCCAGCCUCAUCCGGCAUCGCCGUUGUCACAAAGACACUGAGGAUGCUGCUGCUGCUGCUGCCAGCGCUGCAGCCGUUAAUGCAGCCGCUGCCAACGCUGCGGCCGUCAAUGUAGCAGCCGCCAAUGUGGUGGCUGCAGCGGCUGCCGCCGCCGCCGCCAGCAUAACAGCAGCACCUGGUGCUGAAGGAGCAGCCCAGCCUCCUUCCCAAAGCGGCAACCCUCAAUCAGUGGCUGCACCAUCUGGAGGAUCAGCCGCGUCUGCCCUCAGUGCUGCCAUAGCACAAGCUGAAGGUCCUUUUACCUGCUCUCUCUGCUGGAAAGUGUUUAAAAAGCCAAGUCACCUUCACCAGCAUCAGAUUAUCCACACUGGUGAAAAGCCAUUCUCCUGCUCUGUCUGCCAGAAGAGUUUUAAUCGCCGUGAGAGCUUAAAACGACACGUGCGGACACAUUCAGACCUGUUGAGAGUGCAGUGUGGGGUUUGUGGCAAAGAAUUCCGGGAUGCCUCCUAUCUCCUCAAGCACCAGGCCACUCACGCUCCUCCUGGAAGCUUACCUCCACGACCCGAGUACAAAUGUGACAUUUGCGGCAAGGGCUAUGUGGCUCCCCAGAAUCUACUACGCCAUCGGCAGCUCCAACACGAGGGGGCCCAGCUGUCCAAGGAUGGCACUAAUACCUUGUCUUAUCUGCCACCAGGGGCCUACCUCCUUCCACAAGACCCACAAGUCACAGGCUCUGAGGGAGACACCAAGCCAACAUCCUAUGGCCUCUUGGGUGCCCACCCCUUGCUGGUUGGGACAGUGGCAGGCAAGAAUUUCUGCUGUGGGAUUUGUGGCCGUGGCUUUGGGCGACGGGAGACACUAAAGCGUCAUGAGCGGAUCCACACAGGUGAGAAGCCUCACCAGUGCGCGGUUUGUGGGAAGCGUUUCCGUGAAUCUUUUCACCUCAGCAAACACCACGUAGUGCAUACUCGAGAGAGGCCGUACAAAUGUGAAAUAUGUGGGAAAGUGUUUGGUUACCCUCAAAGCUUAACUCGGCACAAACAGAUUCACCGAUUACAGCUACCUUGUUCUUUACCACCCAUGGGGCCCUCCCUGACCACCUUGGGCCCUUCUCUCCCUCCACCUCAUGAGGGACUAACCUAUGGCUGUUCUGACUGUGGAGAGCGUUUUCCUGAUCUUUUUCAUGUCAUGAGCCACAAAGAGGUCCAUGUGGCUGAGAAGCCCUACCCUUGUGAUGUCUGUGGCAAAUGUUUUGGUUUCAUUGAGAAUCUCAUGUGGCACAAACUUGUCCAUCAAGCUGCUCCUGAGAGAUUUGUACCACCAGAUGAAACAGCAGCUGCUGUCGCCCCACUAGAGAAUGGGCUAGCUAGUGGUGAGAACAUGUCAUCUUAUGAAGAUCAUCCGACCUUGCCAAGUGGAGAACGUUUCUCCUGCUCUAUCUGUGGCCAGACGUUCAAGCAUUUCCUGGGACUUGUGACUCACAAGUAUGUGCAUCUGGUGCGUCGCACGUUGGCCUGCUCGGUCUGUGGACAGAGUUUUGCUGGAGCUUAUGACUUGCUGUUGCAUCGUCGCACACACUUGCAAAAGCGGCACUUCUCUUGCCCAGUCUGUGGCAAACGCUUCUGGGAAGCUGCCCUUCUCAUGCGUCACCAGCGCUGCCACACCGAGGAGCGCCCGUACCGCUGUGCUGUCUGUGGGCGUGGUUUUCUGCGCUCAUGGUACCUGCGCCAACACAAAGUGGUUCACACAGGUGAACGUGCUUACAAGUGUGCCCUCUGCAACAAGCGGUUUGCCCAGUCAUCCAGUCUGGCAGAACACCAGCGUCUUCACAUAGUUGCCCGGCCUCAGCGUUGCCCUACUUGUGGCAAGACCUUCCGCUACCGUAGCAACCUUUUGGAGCACCAGCGGGUCCACCUGGGAGAGAAAGUCUACCGUUGUGACCGCUGCUCCAAGAGCUUCUUCUACCUGUCAUCCAUUCUGCGUCACCAACGCUCCCAUGAUGCUAAGCGUGAAUUAAGAUGCGGGGCCUGCCUCAAGCUCUUCAAAGACCCCAAGUAUUUUAGCAAACACCUCCAGGCCCAUCAGGGAGGACGGCCCUUCAAAUGCAGCACCUGCGGGGAAGCCUUCUCCAAUACUUACGGCCUCAAAAAGCACCGCCACAUUCACAAGAUGGAGCGCUUCGCUGCCAUGGGGGCUCAUAAGGAACAGCCCUAAUGUUG